AUGUCGACUACUACAACAGCAGAAACUCAGUCUGAGACCUGGGUCCACUACCAUGACGGCGGCGUACCGGGUCGACGGCGCGUACUCAAGGGAGCCGAAGCAAAGGAAACAUUCAACGCCCUACCCAAGAUUGACUUUCAGCGCAUAUACUCUGACAACAUUGAAGACCGAAAAGAGCUAGCCAAGGAAGUAGGCGCAGCCUGUCGAGACGUUGGCUUCUUCUACGCCGUAAACCACGGCGUAGACGAACAAAUACUCGACGACACUUUUGCCGCCCUGCAGAAAUACUUUGCCCUCCCCACCGACGUCAAGAUGGAGACGCAUAACCAGAAGACGGAGAAGUUUAGAGGCUACGAGGCGUUUUUGGAGGGAAAACUGGAUCCCAGUACACGAGGUGAUCUCAAAGAAGGCUUCCUAAUGGGCGAAGACUUCACCGAUCCGGAACAACUCUCCCUGCUCUCCUCCACCCCCUCCCCGCUCCCUCAAACCCCGCGCAACCAAUGGCCCACACACCCCUCAGCCCUCUUCUGGCGACCCGCACUCUACCGCUACUACCGCGCCAUGUUCACCUUCAGCAAGCGUCUCCUGCGCAUCUUCGCCCUCGCCCUGUCCCUCCCCGAAACCCACUUUGACAAAAUAACCUCGCACCCCAUGACCAACGUCCGCGCCGUACAUUAUCCCCCCCAGCAACGCGAGUCCGACGUCGGAAUAGGCGCGCACACGGAUUUCUGCUGGUUCACCCUCGUAUGCCAGUCACAUACUUCCUAUCCCGCACUCGAGGUGCUCAAUGCAAAUGGCAUUUGGGUCCCCGUACACCACCAACCCCGCGCUUUUGUAGUUAAUAUUGCCGAUUUUCUCAAGCUGGUCACGGGCGGGGAGUGGAUGAGUACUGUGCAUCGGGUUAGGAAUACAGGGGGGAAGGAGAGGUAUAGUAUGCCGUUUUUCUUUAGUCCGGAUGAGGAUGCUAGGGUGAGUGUUUUGCCGCAUUUGAGGAAGGAAGGCGGGGAGGAGGAGAGGGAGUGGGGGGUUGGAGAGUAUUUUCAGGAGAGACUGGGGAUUGAUCGAAGGACGCAUUUGGAAGGGCAAGGAUGA